AUGUUGGCAGCGAUGCUUGAUACGUACGAUAACAGUUAUAUUGGUAAUAACGUUUGCGGAAAUACUACCGAGAUUCGAUUUAGCAAUGGGAAUAAUAGGAGGAAUAUUAACAGGACCGAUAACUCUCGUUUUUCCACCGCUUUUACAUUUGUCGUUUCGUAA